UAUGACGCAUUAAUAAUCUUUCACAUGAAACUCAAAGUGAAAUGUGAUGCUUGGUCUCGUUUAAACGAAGCUUAACCGGCGAAAGUCGCUCCUGUUCGUUCGUGUUUUCGUUUCCUGAACUGUUAGUGAAACAGAGCCGAUUCAGAGGCCUUUUAAAACCACAUGACAAACAAACACUGUGUCCAAGCUUAAUCUUCAACACUGUGGGAUUUGUAAAAGCAAACCUGCAAUUCAAGGUGGUUCCUGAUGACGAGCUAUCAACUGAGCGCGAAGGAGGACAUGGUGGAGAAGUUUCUGGAUGCUGCAGCAAGAGGAGAUAUGUCCCAGGUGUCCACCUUGCUGUCCCAUGUGCCCUCGCUCAUAAACCAGACAGGAUACAGUGGCUGGACCGCACUAAUGCUUGCAGCUCGCAAUGGACAUUCUCAUGUGGUGGAGAAGCUGCUGUCACAUGGCUGUGAUAAGUUCAUAGUAAACAGUUCAUCACAGACCGCCUACGAUGUUGCCAAGUUCUGGGGUCACAAACACAUCACUAACCUACUCUGCCAGACAGACGAUGGCUGCCGGCGAGUCCUGCCGGGCUCCGACAUCAGUCCGCAGGAAAACUACUUCAGCAGGGAGACGCUGGACCGCCUGAGUGGGAAGAGGACUGACAAGGCCUGGUUGGAGGCCAAACAAAGAGAACCAGAUACUGUCUACCUCAUAUUCUCGAACCUCAGCCCCAUGCUCAGCACAUCCCAGGAAGACGACGGCGCAGCGGUUGAGAGCAAACUGUGCCGGUUCAGAUAUGAGGCAGUUAAGGAUCUUCUGCAGAAACCUGCAACUGUGCUCAUUUUCCUCGGAGUGGAGAAGAGGAAAAAUCCCUCCCCUUCCUCUCCUGAGGAGGGUAUCCGGGAGGCUCCUGCUUGGUUUGCUUUCAGCACUGAUGAAGAUGCUGCUGACCUUGUUAAACGGUGCAGGGAGAAGAACUGCUCCUUUUCAAAGAUGCCAAACAGAGACCUGCUGAAACUAAAUGAGGAAGAGGCCGGAAUCGUGGCUCAGGCUCGAUCGGUGUUGGCCUGGAACAGUCGCUACAGCUUCUGUCCAACAUGUGGCAGCAGCACCAAACUGGAGGAUGGAGGACACAAGAGAAGCUGUCUGAACUCUGAAUGCAGGAGUCUAAAGGGGGUCCACAAUACCUGCUAUCCACGAGUUGACCCAGUGGUCAUCAUGCUGGUGAUCCACCCAGAUGGAAACCAAUGUUUACUGGGAAGGAAGAAGGUCUUCCCAGCUGGGAUGUUUUCCUGUUUAGCGGGAUUUGUAGAGCCUGGGGAAACGAUUGAGGAUGCAGUAAGGCGGGAGGUGGAGGAGGAGAGCGGCGUGAAGGUCGGACCGGUUCAGUAUGUCUCCUGCCAGCCCUGGCCGAUGCCAUCCAACCUCAUGUUUGGCUGCCUUGCUGUCGCCAUAUCAACAGACAUCAAAGUGGAUGAGAAUGAGAUAGAAGAAGCUCAGUGGUUCACACGGCAACAGGUAAUCGACUCCUUGUUCAGAGGAGCAUCUCCAGCUUUUAACAUCCCCCCCAGGCAGACCAUCGCCCACCAGAUGAUCAGACAUUGGAUCGGCAUAAACGCUAACCUCUGACAGAACACCUUCAUCACUCGACCACCUGCCCAGCUGAGGAGGUCAGAUGGAUAGGAACGAGUUUGUCCCCAGUAGAUUAACUCACCACAUUCCUCAGAUUGUUCAUGUUGUGCUUUAAUAAUAGUUUACUGCGAAGUGACUUGACGCAUGUACAACAAUCUCAAGUUUGACAUUUCACCUCGGAAAUAUCUGCAGUACAAUGAUGAAAUAUGGAAGAAGAAGCAUGCUCUGUCCAGAUUCAGUCCAGAAGUAGUUGUCAGAAACUGUAAUUAUUUAAAAUAAAUGUAUUUUAAAAAAUGUAAAGUAGUAUUCUCCUCGCGUGUUUUAUAAUAAACUAUAUUCAACUUUCCUUGGAUUAAACAAAACAUUUUUGACAAGAAAUUAAUUCUCAAACAUUCAUUUCAUCUGCCAAACCAUUCAGAGUCCUCAGGGUGGGGGGCCUUUUGUUUAUGUUUAAUUUGUUUUCAUUUACUUUAAUAAGUUCAUUAAAUCUAAAUAUUUCAGUAAAAUUGCACAAGAGAUUCUGAUGAUUGCUGGAUUAUUUCUAGGAGCCAAAAUAAACUUCAAGUAUUAAAUAAAUUAAAACCUAUCCUUUGCAUCCUUCUGUCACACCAACCCUAUAUGACCACAUCAGUGACUCUUCUCUGUGGUCUUCCUCUUUUCCUCCUGCCUAGAAGCUCCAUACUGAGCAUCCUUUGUGCAUCGUAUCCACUAUCACUCUUCUACACUUGUCCAAACCAUCUCAGCCUUGCCGCGAUUACUUUCUUCAAAAUGGUCAAAUUAUGCUGACGCGACAGCUCAUUUCGAAUCCUGACCUUUCUGCUCACUUCCUAUGAGAAUCUUAGCAUUCCGGGUUGCAAGAAGUCUGAAGCCCAUCCCUAAAUAUAUAAAGGUUACCCCAAUGACUCAGUUAUAUAUUCCCAGAGUUAAUUCACAAACAAGGUUCCUUCUAAAACAGACAGCGAUUUUAUCUGAUUGUCUUCAAUGCUCCGGUGAUUAUGAUCCAUCUGUCUCCUGUACAUUCAUAGAGAGCAUGGUUUGCUUUAUGAGAAAUAAAUCGCAAUUUGGAGUCCACCGGGGCGUCGCUUUUCAAUAAUUCAUUUAAUAACUUUAACUCAUGAAGAGAAUUUCUAGAUGUGUUCAAGGAGUGGAAGGUGUUUUGCAGAUUAUAUGGUCUUGCAGGGAGUAGAAGUGGUUCAAUAUCUGACUAAGAUGCCGCCUGGUGGCACUGAGGAUGCCUCAGUAUCUUUCUAGAAGACUUGGUUGUAGCUGAACAGGGGCUAAAAAAAAACUGGGCACUAUUUUCAGUCUCACAUGGGUCCCUAUUAUGAUAUUUUGUAAUAAAUAAGACUCCACAGAAGCAUUACUUUGCCUGUGACUUUGUCUGUAUCUUGGCUGUCCGUGCAUAUAAGGUCUUUCUAAUGACUUGUCUGGCUAAAUUAAAGUUCCACUGACUUCCUGCAACAUUUUGUGGUGUGAAAU